CUCUAUUUCAUUCAACAAAAUCAUUCUGUUCCGGCAUAUCAUAUAACUUUUUUUUUUUUUUUUGGUACAGAAUAUGGUGUAACUUCCCGAUCAUGGGGUACCAGAAUUUCAACGGCCCACAGAUAAACUCAAUAAGGAAAAGGCCCCAGGGAAGAGGAAGAGUAGAUAGGGAAAAGAAAGAAAUGGAAACUCAGCAGGAGCAGCAGAACAAGCACAAAGUUGUGAAGGUUGAUUCAAGGGCUUCCUGGGAUUCCUAUCUCUCGCAGGCCACCAAUCAAGGCUGCCCUGUUGUGGCUCAUUUUACAGCUUCUUGGUGCAUUCCAUCAGUGGCAAUGAACCCUUUCUUCGAGCAAUUGGCCUCAACUCACCCAGAUGUAUUGUUUCUCACAGUUGAUGUAGAUGAACUCAAGGAGGUAGCUGCUACAUACGAGGUGAAGGCCAUGCCAACAUUUUUACUGAUAAAGGAAGGUUCAGCUGUUGACAAGCUAGUGGGUGCAAAUCCAGAAGUAGUAAAGAGAUCGAUAGAAGGCCUUAUCAGUUCCAGCCAGGUUCAUGUGGCCUAGCCGCACUACCAUGAUUUCCAGUAGAACAUUGCAAUCCAGCCUUGUACAUGGAAAUGACUGGGUGCUUGUUGCUUGUGUGUGUAUUUAAUUUCUGUCUCAAAACAGUGUAAUAUGUCAUUGUGUAAAGCCCAUGUCUGGUUAAUGGUUCAACAGUCAUUCGAAACCAUUACACGAUUCCGUGGCUGACGUAAAAAAACCCAAGUUGUGUUUGAAAUAGUUUGAUGAUUGGAAAUUGUUCUUAAAUCCCCCAAGUUUGUGAAUAAUUUGUAGACUUUUAUCUAAACAUCUUCUCCUUCUUCUUCUU